AUCCAGUUUAGACAGGACCUCAGCUUACACGGAUUCACGCACGAUUCUGCACCAGCCAGCAUGGGCUCCAGAGAGGACGUCGCAAUUCCGGACGAGAAUGUUCCAACAGUUGCUCCAACGCCGGCAACGUUCGAGGGGCGCCUGCAGCUGAACAAGUUCAUGUACAACGGGCAGCAGCCGGUCCGCAGAAGCCCCCGGUUUGCAGCGGCGUCCGAAUCGCCAUCGCCAUCCUCAGCCAUCAGCGUGACAGCAUCAAGUACAACAAGGUCCGCAUCAUCAGCGUCUUCGUCAUCCGUCAGCAAGAGACGAACGCCCAGCUCCUCAUCACCCUCGUCGCCAGCAAAGAAGAAGCGCACCAAGCCCAGCUCAGGCUACGCUCCCCCGUCCACUUACGCCCAUCUGCCCGAGCUCCCCGAUGCCGUCGCGCCCAACCUGCUCGUCUUCUUCAUCGGGCUGAACCCCGGCAUCGAGACGGCCCGCAGCGGCCACGCCUACGCCCACCCGUCCAAUCUCUUCUGGAAGCUGCUCUACUCGAGCGGCGUGACGCCCCGGCCAUGCCACUUCAGCGAGGACAGGCGGAUGCCGGAGCUGUACAGCCUCGGCCUGACCAACAUUGUCGCGCGGCCGAGCCGCAACGGCGCCGAGCUGAGCAAGCAGGAGAUGGACGACGGUGUCUCCAUCCUCGAGGACAAGGCUCGCAAGUGGCGGCCCGAGAGCAUGUGCGUCGUCGGCAAGAGCAUCUGGGAGAGCAUCUGGCGGGUGAGGCACGGCGCGCCUGUGGGCAAGGCGUUCAAGUACGGGUGGCAGGACGAGUCGGAGAACAUGGGCGUCAUCGCGGGCGAGUGGCCGGGGGCCAGGGUCUUUGUUGCGACGAGCACGAGCGGGCUUGCGGCGUCCAUGUCUCUGGCCGAGAAGCAGGCCGUGUGGAAUCAGUUGGGGUCUUGGGUCAAGACGAGGCGAGCUGAGAGGGAGGCUGAGGAGGAGCGAGCACAGAGUGUAGAUGAGGGCGCUUCAGCAUCAUGA